UGAGUGUAUGAAAAGGUGCGAAAACAAGGAUCAUUUUUCAGUCAGUGUACAGUGUGAAAAUCGUUGAACCUAAGUAAACAAUAAAAAAAACUAGCUGAACGGUGAUCUCUUGGAUUUAGGAUGGCCAGCAGUAGUGCGUAUCUUUCCGACUUUGACCACGAGCCAAAGCGAGCUAAGAUGGAAGCCACCGAUUCCGGUCCCGAGCCACAGUUCCCAGCGGAAAUCUGGGAGCACAUUUUCCGUUUCAUUCCUGGAUCGCAGCUGCUUCAGUUGCGCAUGAUUUGCCAACGUUGGAGCGAUAUUAUUAUGUCCAGUCCGUCGCUUAUGAGCCGAUUCUAUGUCCAGUUCAAGCAGCCCAAGGGAGUCUUGCCCAUGGAGGAUGGUUACGUUCCGGAAAAUUUGCCACCAAAGGCCAUCAAAGUCCUGUUCCACAAGUGCGCGAUCGCUGGUCUCGGUGCGGUCAAGUCCUGGUGGCCUGCCUUCGCCAUGAAGCUGACGGAGUUACAAAUCGGUCUCGGCCAAAUCAGCGCUGAGAAUUUGCUCUGGAUGUUGCAGCAAGCGCCGAACCUUAAGAAACUGAUCAUGUUUCAAGUGCUGCUGUCCGGUUCCGGUACCGGUUUCGGAGACACGAACGUACGCUUUAACCGACUGGAAAUGUUUGCUGUUUUUCACCUUCGUUACGAGGACAAGAACUAUCAAGACAUUUUGGUCGGUCUUGAGCACAAGUUCCCUUCCCUGAAGGUCCUUCGACUCGACGUGGCUAUCCACAAGAACGAAGCGGAAAUUCUUCAGUCCGUCCGAACGCUCCAAAGCUCUCUGCAGCGCCUCCAUCUGCCACGAGGAAAAAAUGUCCUGGCGGAACUCUGCAAGAUGAACCAGUUGCGGCUGAAGGAACUGCAACUUGACCUACGCUUUCCGCAGGAUUUGGAACAGUGGACCAAGUUCUGCAAGGUGCAGCAGCAGCAGCUGGAACAACUUACGUUGACUGCCAAUCAAUCAGAGUUUCUUGUUGAGACUGGCAGAGUCUUGCGCAACCUAAAGCGCCUCUCGUUGACCCUUCACGGUGACAUGGAAGUAUCGUUCCUCGAUGCAAUGCCGGGCUUGGAGGUUCUUGAGAUCACUGCGGACAGCAAGAUUGAUUUUCUGGCCCACAAGAGCCCCAAUCUCACGCAGUUCCGUCUAAAUGACGUAGAAACGGAAGAUCUGUUCCAGUAUCUUCAGCGUUCGCAAAAACUUGCCCAAAUCUACCUGAGCGGCUGUCGCCUUGGCAAUCGUGAAAUCUCUGUUACCAGACAUUUCCGCAGCUUGAAGGUCUUGUCCCUGGAGGAUAUCACUUGCGAUGCCGAUCUCCUGGUUUCGCUUUUCGGCCACAGCCCCCUGCUGGAGGAUCUUUACCUGUCGUGGAUUAAAUCUCUGGAAGAUGAACACGUGCUGGUGGCCUGCAAGCGACUGCGGCGUCUGAAGAAACUGUCGCUUGUUUCCAUCCGUGGCGUCACCGACGAGUCUGCCCAGUACAUUCAACGUUACUGUCCAGUUCUGGAGGAAUUGGAGGCAGACUUUUCGGAUCAGGUUCUCGAUCAGCUGGAGGCAGACAAGAAGAUUCGAAUCAAGCGGUGCGAUUCGGACUGGUCCGGUUUCGAUUCUGGCGAGGAUGAUUUGGAGGAUUACGACGCCGAGGAUGACUAUUAUGAGGACGAGGGCGCUGACGAUGACUAUGAUGAGGACGAGGGCGCUGACGAUGUUGAUGAGGAUUAAUAUUUUUAUUUGUCUACUUUAUUGAUUAUUGUUCUCUUCUGUACAUGAGAAACAAAUGAAUUACAUGAAAUACGAUUUAAACUAAGAAAUACAUCGGGCUCUGGCAUCGCA